AUGUUCAACCUGGAUGGAGCCCAGAUGGGACCCCGAUCGCGUGUUGGACGCGUGGGAGCCGUUUCGUCGACUGCAGCUUGCAUUCCUAUCUCCAGUCAUCUGGAGAUGGUCUUUCUGUCGGAAUACGACGUGGGUGGGAAGAGAGAAUGAGAUAAGUACAGUGCAGGUUCACUUUAUUAAAAAUUAAUCCGCCUUCUCUUCACGAUAGCGCCCAUCUUAUGGCCUAACAAUUAUUUGUUGACGUCUGUCUGCGAGUUCUAUCUGAAGUUUGGCGUCAAGAUUCUUUGUAAGUCGGCUGGUUAAGUGGCAUUAAUACGCAAGGGGGCCAUCAACCUACAGUAGGUGUGCUGACUCAUGAAGUGUCAACAGAGAUUUCGCAAUGCGUUUCCGUUUCGAAAAGACUAAUUAAGUGGGAUUGUAUAACCAGUCAACGUGCGGCAAAAUUCUAUAAUAAUUCAGUUAGCCCAAGAGGCCGGCUUUCGAAUGAACUUCCUUUUGACUGCAUUCAAAAACCAUGCUUCGUAAAAAAAAUGACAAUAUAACUCGCAUGCAUUUUUUUCCUUUACUUUCGAUGCCCUUAAAGAUUCAAUUAUAUUUAAUGGAAAACAUGUAUAAAAAUAUUCAUUCUUUUACUCAUUCACUAGAAAAUUACGUCUUAUUUAAUGUUACACCCGAAGGAAGGGUAUAAUUCGGUUUCAAAAAAUUUUCUAUUUGUGAGAUUAUUUAAUACCGUGGGAUGGCCAUUUAUGAGACGUCAUGUGUCUGCAUUUACCAAUGUGGCUCGAAAUCACUGAUUAAUUUUAUGAAGCCUAUGUGGCUCACCUUUAUUACCAUAGAGAAAUGUAUGGUUUUCCGCACGCGGAAAUUAUACAGCUUGUAGGGUGGGAACCCUGAAUGCAAGGGUAACGGCAGGGUGGGGUUCAAAAUUAUUCGGACAUUGGAAAAGUUUUUUUAAAACUAAAUUAUACCCUUUUUUCGAGUAUAAAAUUAGCGGAAGACGUAAUUUUCUGCCGAAUGAGCAAAAUGAUGAAUAUUUUUAUGCAUGUUUACCAAGAAAUAUAACUAAUCAUUUAGGAGCAUCGAAAAUCAAUGAGAAAAAUUCAUGCUACUGAAGUAGUCAUUUCUACAGAGUAUCGUUUUCGCAUGCAGCCGGAAUGGAGUUCAUUCAAAAGCCGGCAUCCUGAGGCAACUGAAAUAGCAUAGGAUUAUGUUGCAGGCUGAGUAGUUUUACAACCCUACUUAAUUAAUCUUUUCGAAACGGAAACGCAUUUCGAAAUUUCUGUUGACACUUCAUGAGUCAGCCCACGUACUGUUAGCACGAUUGAGUGGAGCAGCAGCAUAGGGGGCAUCUAGUGACCGCGCACUUAUCCCAGUGCAUAAACGAAGAAACUUUAUUCAACGCAAUUACAGGCUGCCUACCGGGCUAACAAUCGCGAUGCUCGAAAAGCCGCCGUACCCACCGAACUACGUCUUGUUGUAGCGGCUAGUAAUGUUGGCUGUAUGAUAUUACCAACAAAGACGAAGGAGAUUGGGAUGGUCAUUUCCCGCUUAUUAGCCGUCUUCAUUCAGCCAGGAUUUGGGGCACCGAGCGAAAUCAAGGUUCAGGUGCUGCAAACCUGGGCUUAAGUAAGGCUGGCCGACGGCGCCUAAUAAGUCAGAAAUGGCCAUCCCAACUUCUCUCGUCUUCGUCGGUAAUCUCCUUAUAUGAGAAAAUUUCCGCCGCAAAUUAUAAAGCAGUUUAUUUCAAGACAAGCGACAUAAGUCAAAUAUAUGUGAGCUUAUAUAUAUUUAUAUACAGUAGAUGUGCUAACUCAUGAAACGUCAACCAACAUUUCGAAAUGCGUUCUCGUUUCGAAAAGAUAAAUUAAGUAGUGUUGUAAAACUGAUCAUUUUGCAGAAUAAAUCUGUAAUGAUCCAGUUACCAGCUUUCGAAAGUACUUAUUUUCGGCUGCAUGCAAGAUCUAUACUCUGCAAAAAAUGACUACUUAAUAGUAUGAAAUUUUCUCAUUGAUUUUCGAUGCUCUUGAAAAUUCAACUAUAUUUCAUGGAAAGCAUGCAUAAAAAUAUUCAUUCUUUCACUUAUUCGGUAGAAAAUCACCUCCUCGUCCAAUUUCAUACUUAAAAGAAGAGUAUAAUUCGGUUUUAAAAAAGUUUCUAAUUGUGAGAUUUGUUAAUACCGUUAAAUGGCCGUUCAUGAAACGUCAUUUAUCUGCAUUUACGAAUGUGGCUUGUAAAUUUAACAAUAUUGCUCAAAUCCACUGCUUAAUUUUAUGAACCUCAUAUGGUCUCCUCUUAACGCUGUAGAGAAAUGCAUGGUUUUCCAUACACGGAAAAUAUACAGCUUGUAGUUUUGAAACCCUGAAUGCAAGGGCAACAGCAGGUCGGGUUUAAAAUUAUUCGGGAAUUGGAAAAGUUUUUAUAAACCGAAUUAUACUCUUUUUUGAGUAUGAAAUUGGAAGAAGAUGUGAUUUUCUACCGAAUAAGUAAAAGAAUGAAUAUUUUUAUGAAUGUUUUCCAUGAAAUAUAAUUGAAUUUUCAAGGGCAUCGAAAAUCAUUGAGAAAAUUGCAUACUACAUAAAUAGUCAUUUUUUGCAGAGUAUAGAUCUUGCAUGCAGCCGAUAAUAAGUUCUUUCGAAAGCCGACACCCUGAGGUAACUGGAUCAUUAUAGGUUUAUGCUGCAUCAUGAUUAGUUUUACAACACUACUUAACUUAUCUUUUCAAAACGAGAACGCAUUUCGAAAUUUUGGUUGACAUUUCAUGAGUUAGCACAUCCACUGUAUAUAUAUACAUAUAUAUAUAUAUAUAUAUAUAUAUAUAUAUAUAUAUCAGCGAGGAGGGACGACAGAGAAUGCGGGUAGAUUGAUACAGCACUGUUUCGGGCUUAUUCUGCCUUCAUUCAGCCAAUCAUAACCCUGACCACCAGCAGUUGGAACCAGAAACACAAACAUGCGCACAGACGCACCUGGCGCAGUCGGUCCACCACUGAGGCCUACCAGAUGGGUCAUAAGCACUUCAUCGAACCGAAGUUCAUCAGUGCCUCGCCACCUGUCAUUCUCUGUCGCUGCAGAUCGGGUAUUUAUCAAUCAGGAAUGGGCGCACACCGAUCUAUUGGCUCCUCGCUGCUAUUAUGACUUGGCCGACUUCGGCCUGGUAAUUGGUUGCCUGUUCGUGACCUUUGCCACACAUACGGAGCUUGUUUGCUUUGUGAAGCCAAUAGAUCGGUGUGCGCCCAUUCCUGAUUGAUAUAUAUAUAUAUAUAUCAGAGGGGAGACGACAGAGUCUGGGGGUAGAUUGAUACACCACUGUUUCGGGCUUGUUUGCCUUCCCUCAGCCAAUCAUAACCCUGACCACCAGCUGGUACCGGAAACACAGACAUGCGCUCAGACGCACCUGGUGCAUCUGGUCCACCGCUGUGGUCUACCAGAGAAGAGAGCACUGUGAAUCGGCCGUUGAGCAUCUGGAGAAGUCGACUAUGAAAUCUCCCCUUCGAGGAAACCCAUCUGGAUCAUGAUAAGUUUGAUUCAGGUCACGGGGGACCAACAGUGGGGAUCCGGACGUGUUCAGGGAUAGAGAGCAGCCGGGUGUGUCUGUGGCUUAAUCGGUACGUCGGAGCUACGAGUUCACAGUGGUUGAUGAUGAUGUACUCUACUUAUCACAACAGAGGUCUAGUAUCCUUUAGUGGAAGUGGGAAUAAAACCAGCAGAAGAUGAACAUUCUGUGCAGGACUGCAGCGCACUCCUAACAAGUGGGUCAGCUCCACAGUGGUGUACGAGCGGAGGCGGUUAGGUCAGUCAGAGCACACCACCUUAAACGUCCGAGUCAGUUCGUCAAACUUGAACGGAGUCCCCUGCUCGCUCUUCUAACGUCGUUUUAGUUUGUCCUCUGGCCUCUUUUAGCAGCAGCACGGCAACAGAGUCAAUUUUCUGGGUGUUAGUCUAUCCUUGAACGACAUGGAGUCUCUAAGGAAGGUAAAUCAGCAUUGCCUUGAUUAAUUUCCGAGGAAAUUAAUGCGCGAACUUGGGGUAAAUCUCUCGAAACGGGCCUUUUCAGGCACGGUCCAAAGUUUGAUAUGAAUAUUUGAGCUGAAAUCCAUCAGCUACUGCGAAAUAACUGCUUACUAUUCAAAAUCCGCCAACAGACAGCCAGUAGUAUAGAACUGUGCAAUGAUUUACCGUACUUACAACACAGGCAUUAGCUAAAAGCCCAGACGCGCGUGUUUCGCCGAUCUUAUGCUGCUGCGAGGGGUUCGGCUCGUCAGUGGGUCCCCCAGCUUUUCCCGUGUGUUUUCUGGUAUAUAAACUCCAGUUUCAACUUGCCUUGUCUAAUUUCCGAGGAAAUUGAUGCGCGAACUUGGAGUAAAUCUCUCGAAACGGUCCUUUUUCAGGCCUUCGUUACCAAAUCGAUUCCUCGCUUGUGAUGCCGUUGAAGGGACAAAAUGUUUUCCCGCUGGAGAACAGCAAGAUUGACGCCGAGCUCGGAGAUUCGCUUAGCGUUUUAGGUGACUGGACCCUUGCUAAGUCGUCAUAGCAGGGACUGAUGGACCCUUUGACGACCCCUGCCUGUCCGUGUUUUAUCCAACGCUUUUAAACGGAAUCUCCGGGAUUCAUGAACUUUGGGUGGUUAGACGAGCCCACCUCUCGAUGCCCAGCGAACAGAAGUGAGAGAAAAAGUGACAUCUGUAGAGGCGACUAUCUUGAUUUCUAGACGCCCACUUGUGUUAUAUUUAGCUUAUCAGGGCACAUACCAACACAUUAAUAAGUAAUAGAGGAGGGGUUUAGUCUGGCAACCCACCGGCAGCCGCACAGCAGUUAGUAGUGUAGGCCGAAUAACGUUACCGACAAAGCCAGGGUAGGUACUGUUAUUUUGCCUAUACUACUAGUCGCUGUGCGGCUGCUGGUGGGCUCGAGAUUGAACCGCAGGGCACAAAGCGGGCCGAGUGUGUUUCGUAGCGCGAUCGGUGAACGUCGACAGGACAACGAACCCACGAAGUAGUUGUUAAGGCCUUGAACUUAUAACCAGCGGGUUGCGGGAUCGAGACUCCCGGCUGACUGAUGACGACUGGUGUCGGUUUCCCUCGUCAUUGUCAGUAAUGUUAUUCUGCCCCUAUUUAUAAGUACUGCAUGUGUUUUUUGGAUUUUUCAGUCCUUUUCCGGAACCAACAACUAGACGUCCGCCGCCAGUCGUGCCCUGCCUAUUCACAAACAAAGGCUAACCUCGAUUUUUUCUUGGUGUAUUUCUGGACUUCCCCCCUGUUGUCCGAGUGACCGUUGGCCUCUUUCAUGUGCUCUUUUCAACGAGAUAUCCCGACAUUGCACCCACCCCUCACCCCAAAGUUCUUUAUGUUCACAAACCUGCCCCUCCCCUGUCUUUUUAUUAUUCUUGCCGCCCCUGUCUCUCCCUUUAAGGCAUUUCACUCUGUACAUACAUAUAUGUAUAUGUUUGCAUAUAUUCGACUUAUGCCAAUUGUCUUGAAAUAAACUGCUUUGUAAUUUGUGGCGGAAACUUUUCCAAAUAAGGAGAUUGCUGACAAAGACGAGGGAGGCUGGAAUGGCCACUUCUGGCCUAUUAGCUGUCGUCAGCCAGUCAUACCCAACCUCCAAAUGCGGAAUACCUGGGGCUCGAUCCCGCGACCUGUUGGUUAGAAGUCCAACGCCUCAAACCACUGAGCCACGGGCUCGUUGUUCUGCCGGUUGCGAUAGGGAAUAUACAAUGGUAGGUGCCCCAAAACCUGGCUGGCUGAAGACGACUAAUAAACCAGAAAUGGCCAUCCUAAUCUCCCUUGUCUUUAUCGGUAAUCUCAUUCACCCUAUACUACUAGCCGCUGUGCGACUGCAUGCGGGGCUCUAAAUUAAGCCCCAAAACACAACUGAACCAGUGUUUACCGUAACAUGAUCGGUCUACGUACUUCCGACACUUCCAUGUGUGUACUUCACCCGGAAUAAUUACGCCAGGCGCUUACAGUUUGCCUAAAAGUGGGCCAACGCCGAUCUGCUCAAUUUUCCUGAGCAUGCCGCCUCAUCUACGAAUCGAGAAAGGGUUAAUGUCUACCGGGCAGCGAAGAAAAUCAAACGCACAAUAACAGCGAUGGAUCGAUACAACGGCCACCUCGAGAGUAUUCAUAUCAGUUUUAUUCAGGUAUGUGGUUAGUGUUAGUGGGUACCCAGCCUGCCCCGAUGUGCAGCCAGACGACGGAGCGCUGACGAACCUCUGAAUUGAUGUGGACGCCGACUCAUGGGUCAGGUUUACUUUGUACCAUUAUUAGCAAGUAGGUUGGCGUUUCCGAUCUUUAACCGUUACUUUAUACCCCGCAAUUGUCACUGGGGGCAGCAUGCUUCUGAGAAGACCUCAGUUGCCUCGUGUCCGCAGGAGCGGACUUUGUGGUUAGUUCAUUGGUAGUUUGGCUCGUACUCUUCCCUUCAUCCUAAUUGCGGUUUGGAAUGACCAUCCUCGGUGCAGGCCGUAGGCGUAGUAGUGCACUCCUGGGACUCUUCUCUCCCCACUUCCGGAGUGCCGGUGUUUUUCUUAAGUAGUUCUCUGCUUGCCGACCGGGUGCACAAUCUCAAGUAUCGGAACCGCGGUUUCUGCCUGAGACCAAGAGGAGCUAAAGAUACAAUAUGAAUAUACUACUUGCGAUAAGCGAGUAGACGUUUAUGUUUGCUCUCUUUGAACUAACGUACGGCUGCUUCCUUUUUGCGUGCAAUUAUGUAAACAGUCUACUUUUCAACUUUCCUUUCUUAUCGGUGCUUUUACCUAGACCACAAGUAAUUAAUGGGGGGGUUCAAAGACGUCUCCCAUCUUCUCCUUUGUAAAACUGAACUGAAAAAGUGGACUGACUUGCUAGCUAAAAUUCACUUCCCCCAGCUCCCCUCUGUCAAAUUUGGAGGUUGGGGAUGUCCGUACAAAAAGACUAAUCGUAGAGUACCGGAAAAUCUGUCUCUUCACACAAUAGCCCUUCUGUCCUGCCUACAGGCCUCGCGACACUCGAAAACGGGUGUCUCAGACUAGCGUGAACAGGGCUACGUGAGCAACCAGUCUGCUCCUUUUCCACCCCAUAGCCUCAGUAUGUCGAUGUUUAUGGCGCUUUCGGUGAGCCGUGUCCUGGUCUCGUAGCCUCUAUGAUGUGCUUCUCACCUCCGCCCCCCAGUUUCGACCUCAUGAUCCAGAAGUCGGCUUCGGCUAUCCCGUUGUGGACAGUGGGAAUUCUUUAAGCAUCUCGAAUUCCACACAGAUCUGACCACCGGAGACAUUCGCUGCAAGUCAGGCAGUGUUACUUGGCUGCAACUAGGAAUUUAAUGCUGACCGAAACCGCUGGCCCCGACAGGCUGUUGUACCACAACGGACACGACCGCCGCCAAUGUGAACUACCCGGCACUACGAGCCUGGAUGUUCUUUUGGCAUUCAAGUGCUUUGAGGAGAUUUGCCAUCAUGCGCGUUACCGAAAAGCGCGAAUUUAAUUGGAGAGCUCGCAAAAAAGCCAGCGGUAGGGUAAACGUCUGCGAGAGUUUGAGACAUCAGGUGAACAGUUGUGCGAUUCCACAGACCCCCGUUUCCAUUCAUUUGCGAAAACACAGGCCUACCCCUAAUAUUUAGCAGCUCCAACACGAACGAAUGUAAUAGAAGUAGUAGUCUCAGCAGCAGCAGCAGCAGCAGCAGCAGCAGCAGCAGCAGCAGCAGCAGCAGCAGCAGCAGCAGCAGCAGCAGCAGCAGCAGCAGCAGCAGCAGCAGCAGCAGCAGCAGCAAGGGUAG